AUGCACACCUGGGCCGGAGUGGACCAGCAGCGCAAACCCCACCUGGACCACUACUCGCUGCUGCGGGUGCGCAGCGCGCUGCAGUGGCUCCGCGAGGACCCCGCGGCGCCCUGGAUCAUACGGGUGGACCAGGCUGGUCUGGACCACCCGGGCAGCUGGCGCGUCCUCAGCAGCAACGCCUACCUCCGCUCCGUGUACUGGUUCGUGCUGCUGUCGGGGGGGAUGCUGCAGCCGCGGGUGCUGCACCUGCCGCUGCAGACGCGGGGCCUCUUUUGCCGCGGCCACAUCGACCAGCAGGACGACGUGCUCCCGGACAUCAUCACUUCUUCCGAGGACUCUCUUCUCCAGUCCCUCCUUUCUUUCCUCUGGCCCAAGCAGAAGGUCAAGUCCAUCAGCCGGAGACCCGGCCGCUUCCUCGAGCCCGCCAGCCCGCCGCCCGACGCCCCGGGGGGCCCCCAGGGGGCCCCCCUGAGCAGCGGCACCGACGCGCCGCACGCGCAGCACGCACCUGCACCUGCAGCAGCAGCAGCAGCAGCGGCGGCGGCGCCGGCUGCGAUACUCCCGCCCGCAGACGCUGACGCCCCGGGACCCGAUCCCGCAGCGCCAGCGCGGCGGCUGUCGGAGGGCGACGAGAAGGAGAGCGAGGCUGUGGGGGGCGAGUACGUGGGGCUGGUGAAGGGCCCCGGGCAGUGCAAAGAAGAUAUUGUUGAAGACGCCUUUUUGGUGUUGUGGGAGGCCCUCGCGGAGGCCCGCACUCAAAGCACUCUUUUCGUUUGGAGCAAAAACUCCAGCUCCCCCCAAAUCCGCUUCGCCGUCCUCAACGACGCCCUCAUCAAAGUCCACGUCUCGCUGCGGGACACGUGGUCCUUCGUGGUGGCCAUCGUCAUCAGCAUUUUGGCCGCGCUCGCCCUCGCCUGCGGGGCCGUCUACGUUUGCUUCAGCAACCUCAUGCCCCGUCUGCGAAAGGCCCACACGGACGCCAUCGUGAUGCGCGCAGCCAGCCACAGACUCGACCACGAGCUGCCCUCGGCGCUGAACGCGGCGGAGGCGGGGGCGUGGAACCUAAUGGUGGUACCAGUGGACCACCCGGCGCACGGGAUUUUGCUGCGGUGGUCCACUGGGGACUGCCCGCAGCCCGCAGCGUGGAUGGGCGUGCACAUGAAGCCAGCGCUGGCUGCGUGGGCGGACGCGGCCAACGACCGCAGCCGCAUGGCGGAGUGCAGCAAAGAAGAAAUUUAUGUUUACUUGAACACGAGCAAAGUGACUUCAGUGCACGAGUUCGGACUUAACCAAAAAGAGCUGUUUUUGCCUUCGCGGCACCCCGGCCCCGUCCACCUCGAAGUCGCCCAGGACUACGAACUCCAAAUGCACAAAAAGUACAGAGUCCGGCUGAUCUUCUUCAGCGCGCAGGGGCGGCUCAUUGACCAGAGCCGCUGGUCUGCAGAGUUCAUCUUGGGGCCCCGUCUCUCCAUCACGGACUACCCUUUGCUGCUGCUCAGCAAGUGCGUCCCCACCCGCGUGUCUUCUCUCGACAUUUUCCUCCGCAAGUUCGCCAAGACCGCCAGCCACUUCUCCAUCCCCGUCGAGCUCGAGGACCUCCAGCUCCACGUCUUCGCAGUCCCCUGCCAAGACCCCAGCGUCUACGCUCCCGGCAGCGCCCUGGGCCGCAAACGCACGGUUUCCUUUGACCACAGUCAUUCCCGCGUUCUCUCGCAGCUCGUGGACUCUCUCAAACAAACGGAGUGCAGGUUUACAGUGGCGGCUCACUUUGGCCAAAAAGCCCAUACAGCAAGGGAAGUGGCCAUGCGUACCGGCAGGCGAGUCUACUCAGAUGUUUCCUUUCGCGGGCGGCCAACGCUGGUGACGCCUUCGGAGUUGCGCGAGGCGGACCGCCAGGCCUACGCCUACUUGACUUGCCCGGGCCAAACAUUCCGGCUGGACAGAGACAGAAUAGCGCAGCACGUGAUUGGCUUUGAAGUCUCCGACGAAGGCACUGGACAAGUUCUGGCUUUUGGAGUUAUUCGGUUCGAAGACCUUUACCAAAUUGUCAAAGACGCCAUGCAAGACGGCUCUUCCGGCGGGGCCCCCCAAGACGCGUCAUACCCAGCGCGCCACAGCCGAUUCAGAGUGGGCCUUGAGCAUGUGGAUGGGAGGGGCCCCUGGGGCCGCCUGGAGUGCAGUUUGGAGAUUAAACACAUCAAGUCUUAUAUCAGACAUGAAGACAAAGAAGAAGAACAGGAGCUCCCAGGCUUCCAGAGGCGAAGAGCCCGCAAGAAAACGGACUUCCAGCCUAUGGGGGCAGCGCUAGCUGCCAGGUCUGUGGCCAGAAUACGCGACGAGCCAACUCACGAAACCGCCCCGGCCCGGCGCACUCGGUUUGCGCGCGUCGAGGGAAAUUCUGAAGACAUUUUGGCCCAGUUGGGACUGAUAGAAGAGGCUGGGCGUCCAGCUGCACAUACACCCCAGGCUGCUGCUGCUGCUGCGGAGGCCCCGCGGCCAGCUGAAUCCAGCAGGCCCACCCUGAGCAGGUCCCGGCGCAGUGUCGUCACGCCCAUUGACGCCGACUCCCUGCAAAUCCCGCUGCUGGAGGGGUCUGGGGGCGGGAGCGGGGCGCCUUCGAGCGCGCGGAGCCCGCGGAGCUCCGUGGGGCUCGCGGAGGCGCGGAAGAGCCGCGCGAGCGGGCUGGGCGCGAAGGCCGCGGCGCCGCACUUCACGCGGGACUCCCCUGGGCGGCCCGUGCUGCAGGGCGCAGACCUGUUUGUGCAGUGGCAGUGGGGCGACUCGCCAGUGCGCCCCGACCACAUUUACCUCGCGCUCUUCGACCACCGCACCGACGCCUUCGUCUUCCCGCUCCACUGGGGGCGCGCCAUCCCCAACACCGGCAGCUACGCCUGGCACGUCGACACCCACUUCAGGAACCAAGAAACCUCGCAGCUGGUCUACCUGGGCAUGUUCGAAUCCGAAGUGGACCCUUGCACUCCCGCGUCUGAAGCCGUGUGCCAGUCAAAUGCCUUCUUCAUAGUUAAGCCCACGCCUUUGUGCGAGCUGGAGCUCCUCUAUGCUUGCUUCUGCAGGACCCACGGGCUCGAGAUGGAGCACUUGUCGGAGGCGAAGCUGGUGGAGUUUGGCUUCUCAGUGCAAGAAACCAUGUUGAAGGUUUGCCCCGAUCUUCGAGCCCCCUUCUCGACAGAGCCCCCCGCAGAAGCUGUGCACUGCCCGGGCCAGUGCGUCGUGAGCACGCAGUCGAAAUUGGUGAUGUUGGCCAAGACUGAUGAGGAAACCUUCAACCAGGCCGCCCACGUCCAGGAAAAACAAGUUGUCGUCUACAAGUCUGUGUCUCGCCUGGUGCGGAUAAUCGAGAACAUUGAAAUAAGCCAAGACGUGAAGUGGUGGACUCAGUCUCCAGACGUGUCUUUGCUGAACAUGGGCCUGUGCUACAACAACGUGGUGAUGGAGAAGGCGCUGCGGCUGCUGGGCAAAGCCAUUCGGCGGGCGCGCGGGGUGGGCCGUCUCAGCCGCAGGCGCUGGGACUCGCUGCUGACGGACUUGCCGCGCUUCAUGAGCAGCAGAACUGCAGAGUUUGUUGUUCUUCCCAACCUCGUGAACUUCCUCCUCGUCUGUCUCCAGCUAGCCAUCGGCUACGGGUUCCCAGUCCUCCUCGUCUCCCUCUACCUCUACGACUGCCAUUCCCUCGCCAAAGUGGACUCAGACAGCGCCGACGACAACACUGUCUCGCUCUUGCCCGACAUUGCCUUCGAUGUCUCCUGGAAGACUCUCUCCAACUUGGGCCCCUGGGGUGUUUCCAUCUUUUGUCUCGCCGGGCUGCACUUUUUGGUGAUGACUGUCGCAAUUUUCUUCAACGCGUUCCUGCGGGAUGAGCAGCCUCGGCUGAUGCUGCACGUGGACGUCUUGGGCAGCAUAUUUCUGACAGUUUCUCUUUUUUCGGUGACUUUGGGAGUCUCUUCUUUCAUUCUUUGGUUCCUCUUGGGGGCCCUUGUCAACUCUGACUCCUUCUUGCCCUACGCCGCCAUGUUUGGCUCUGUCACUUUCGUCAUUUACUUCCUCUGGAGCAACUUCGUUACCUCGAGGGAGUCUGUGAGCCGCUACAUUGAAGAAAACAUGCAGCUGCUGCUCUCGCUCGCACUGGACCACUGGUUCGCCCACACGAACAUCACCUAUACGGGCAAGGAGCAGCUCGUGGCCGACGAGACCCUCAUAGCCUACAGAGACAAAAUUCGAGACGAGCUGCGGCUGGCAACUUACGUCUACGAAAAAGUCGUGGCCCCCUUUGAAAACGCCUUCAGCAUUGACAGCAACGGAGUCGCCACGGGGCUGCAUGCAAUCCCGAAUCUGCCCGAUGGAGCACGGUUCGCAACCUGCGCUGAGGUGGAGCGCCACAGCGAACGCGUGGAGGACAUGCUCACGGGGUGGGACUCCGUGCUGCUGAAGGACGGUGUCAAGUACGGGCCCAGAUACGGCUACAAAGUGGACACGUCACCUGCGCCGAACACCAGCUACAGCCAGGCCAUAAUUGCUGUGCCGAAAUACCCGCCAGCGGAAGAGCUGGAUGAGAUGCUGAAGGUGCAGCUUAUUUUCGACAAGUUCGUCGACGACCACAAAGACAAACUCACCGCGAAGAACUAUUUGGCCCUCCUCAGGAGAGUCAAGGGCAGCGACACUGAGCUUACCCAGUGGGAGCAACUUUGCGAGUACUACAAUGAUGCGGUCAACACGAACAUCGACCCCGCCGUGGGAAUAUCCCUGCACGAUCUCGUCAAGAUAUACAGCUUACAGUCGGGCGAUUUGGACCGCGACUACGAGCUGCUGUUCCCCACGCUACGGCCCGGGGAAGCCGACGAUCUCGACAUGGAGGAGCUGGACCGCCUCAGCGACGAGAGCCUGGAGCUUUCGGCCAGCGAGCCCUCAGACAUUGACGAGACCACAGACGAAGAAGACGAGGACAUGCCCAAUUUGCUUAACGAGGCCAUUGCAGGCUUUGCUGCUGCUCGUGAAGGUCCUGCUAAUGUUGCCGUUGCAUUCAUUGCUGCUGCUGCCGCGGGCGAUGCCGUGGCUGCUGCUCCUGCCGCUGGACUUGCUGCUGCGGCGCAAGUAGCAGCAGCAGCUGCUGCUGCUGAAGCCCGCUGUUUGCUGCUGGGACGGCUGUGGGCCCCGCAGGAGGCGGACGAUGAGGGCAGAGACCGCAACGCCAUCGCCAACACUGAAGAAGACAGAAUUGAAUAUGAGCUCAAGUCCAAAAUCAACGCCAGGAAGCUGCAGUUCAUCUACAACUACGUCACUCAGGAAAACAGGGGACAGGCUGUGGACGAGCUGAUAUCUUCUGUGCCUUACUUGGCGGCGAAGACCCUGGAGACACAUUUGCUGCUGCUGUCUCCCGUUUUUGGCAAAGAGGCCGUCCUGGGCACUUCCGCCCCCUCUCUAAGACUGGCUCGGGCGGGUUCAGCGCUUUCUGCGGGUUAUGCGGGGCUUGGCAGCGAAGAGGCUCCGGGCGCUAGAAAGGAGGACCGUUUCGUGACCCUGUUGAAGGUAAUCCAGGUGGAGUUCUACCAGGAGCUGACUCGGCAGUUCCGGCUGGUGCAUGCGCAAAUGUUUGACACGCUGAACGUGCGCAGCGGCAUUCAAGACUAUUUCGACAAUGUAAUGCCUCAAAAGGUUUCUAUGAAGGCGUCGCGGCUGCUGAACAGCAGCCUCGAGCUCUCCAGGGCGGAUGUACACCCCAGCAACCAGGAGGCCCUCACCAGCGCGCCCCCCAAGACGGCGAACCAGCUCAUGCGGUCUUUGCAGCGCUACCGAAUUGAAAAAGAUUUCGAAAUUCGCGACAUUUUGGCCCUCAUAGCCAAGGCCCAGGGCUCUCAGCAGCAGCAGCUCCAGGUCCACCUCAUCAUGAAAACCCUAGUGGACCUCCAGAUUAUUGAACCGAGACAAGUCCAAGAGGAAGAUCUGGAGCUCAUUGUUGAGGGCGCCGCCAUCCGAGAGAUGAAGAUCCUGCAGCCCACAGAGCUGGCCUGCUUGAAGCUGGUGGUGGAGGCCAUAGACAAGCAGCUGGGCGGCCGUCUGCAGCGGAUGAACUCGACCACCCACGUUGUGCAGGUGCUGAAGUACAUUUCGGAAAGAUAUUUGUGGCUGCCUUGCUUCCAGUUCUUGGUUCAGCUGCUCGGAAACAAUUUGUCUGUGGAUGAGCUCCCUGGGGGUGCUGUUGAGAUGGAUGGAGUUAGCGACAGAGAUUCAGAGAAAGUAUCAGAAGACCGAGGUUCAAGACUGAUGAGCUCUGCUGAAGACCGGCAGCGGCGGCGUUACGAAAGCAACUUGGAGCGGCUGCGGAGCGUGUUCCACCAACUGGGAAACUGGUCAGGCUUCUUGCCACUGGACUUGGUCGACGAAGCAAUUCAACUUUUGACGGACAACCGGCUGAACUUCUCAGGAGUCGUCGGCUGCCUCCAGCAGCUCAAGAUCGGCUCGGUGUACGUACACGAAAGGGGCCACGCCGUCGGCGCCCUCGAGAAACUCGGACUCCGAAAGGACUCCGCAGUCUGCGACAUUCAGGCUUCCAGCGAGACGGUCAGCGAGAUCAUCGACUGGACUCAGUUUCGACACGACCCUGGGUGGACUCCGGAGAUGUUUCGUGCUUUUGAAAAGCUGACGGCGUCGUGCCCGGGGUAUAUGGGAAAGAGUCAAAUGGUGGAGUUCGUGAAGGAGAUCCACAAGCUGUUUCAGCCGCAGAUCUCCGAACUUAGAAGAGGCAGAGACAGACUCAGGGGCCGCAAAGCCGGGCCCAAGGAAGGCAUCACCCAGCUGGGCACUGUCAACAGAGACGUAGCCAUGAGAGCCGCAGAAGGAGACGACUUCCAGGCAGUCCCUGGAGACCUUGCUCUGGACGCCAUGGAGGAGGGCAUGCGCAUGGUAUCUUUCGAGAUGUUUCACCGUGUGGCAGUGAAGCUGGGCUUGAGCGUUGGCCAUCGCCACUCACGCAUGCUGUGGAUAAUGAUAUCUUUUGACAGUUAUGACGAGAUUCAGCAGUUUUUGCCGGAGCGAGACGUGAAGCUGGGCAUCACUAGGGUGUAUCUACAGCCUUUUACUGCCCUCGGCAAGCCCUUUCUCAACAGGGAUUCAGUUUCAAACAUUGUUGGCUACAAGGGGCUUGUCACCUUCGUCAUCUUUAGGCGCAUACUCAGGCAACUUGACAUUGUCAUUUCAGACAGAGCCGCCCGCGCCCUGUGGGAUGAACUGCCCAAGGACCCCAUGGAUGUGACAGACUUUUUGCCCGCGGGGCUUCUGGAGGGUUCGAUUCGCACUAAGUACUUGAGGCUGGAAAUGGACACCUUGGGCAUGGACCCCACCAAGGGCCGAGUCGUCAGCAUAGAGUGCCUCCGCAAAAAGCUGCCCCGGCUGUUGAUGACGGGUCUGUGGCCCGAGGCGAUCCGCGUGCUGCUGACGCUGGCGCUGCAGCUGGAGGUGCCGAACUCGCGGCUGGAGCGGGUGCUGAAGUCUAUGGAGAGGCGGACGAAUCGUUUUGGGCUGAUAAAGCCGGAAGACGUGGGGUCUAUUUUGAGUUCUUUGUCUGUGGAGGGCAUGAGCUUCGCCAUGCUGCGAGACGUCAUUCACAAAAUGCGCAUUCAAAUGCCCGAACAAGACAUCAAACGCAUGUUCGAUCUCAUGGACAUCAACCACGACCUCAGCCUCUCCCUCAGCGAACUCCUCAGCGGGUUCGAAGUCCUCUUUGGCCGUUUCAUGCCCCUCCUGGUCCUUCAGGAGGUGGGCCUUUCCCUAGAUCGCAUGCUGCUCGUUCUCUGCCUCACUACUUUGGGGCUGCUGGCUUUCUUCGGCUUCUUGGGACUCGCCUUCUCCAGCUUCGAGAGUUUGAAGAGCGGGGUGAGCACCGCUGUGCAGUCGAUGCUCGCGGUGCUGGGCGCGGUGGGCCUCCAGUCUGGGGCCUCCCAAGAGGCUGAAGAGGUGGAACAAAAGAUGAAGCAACACAUUGAGUCCAUUAUGGGAGACAAGUUGUCGAGGGCUAAGGAGCAAGUAGAGGAGCUUCAAGAAGCCUACAAGCCUGAGCCUACCUCGAAGGAGGGGAAGCCGCUUAAGCUGCGGUACAUCGUACCCCGGCGCUACCGGCCUGACCUUGAGGACCCUAGGCCGUGCGUGACUUUUGCCCCUGGGUCUUAUGUCCGCCUGGAGCCUGCGGUGUCCGGCAGAGUGGACCGUACCCAGCUGCGGUGGUCCAUUACGCCGAGGCUGCCACCCCAAACAGGGCUGGUUUUCAGUCGACAAACUGGGAUAAUCGAAGGCAUAAUUCCGGCCAAAGAUGAAGGUGACAUGAGUGCGCAGCUAAUGCAUGCAUUCACGAAGUCUCACGACCCAGCAUCCCGCGUGUACCAGCCUACAGCUGAGGCUGCAGCAGCCUACCACGCGGAUGAAGCCAGCGAUGUCGUGAGGCCCUUGAGGGUUCCCAGAAAGACAUACGUAAUUGUCUGUCGCAACCAGGCAGGCUCAGCUAGGGCCAGAGUAACGUUCCAAAUUCAGCCGAAGGCCCAAGCAACGAGAACGCAUGCAAAGAAAGAUGAAGAGGGCAAGCGCGAGGUGCGAAAGCGCCAGAGCCUCAGGGACCAAUCUUCCGCCAACUGA